AUGGCUGCAGCAGUUGACAGCUUAAGAGAAGCCGGCUUCAACGGCGACAUCAUUGACGCCAACUCUUCAGAGUUCACCACCGCUUCAAAGCGCUUCUCUGCCAUUUUCAAUUCCCCAGCUAGACUGAUUGCGUUUCCCGGAACUGCCGAAGAUGUCUCUAUUGCAGUGCUUUUCGCCAGCCGCACCAGUCUUCCGCUUGCAGUCAAGUGUGGUGGUCACCAUGCAGGUGGCGCCAGUGCAGUAGAUGACGGUGUCGUGAUUGAUCUUUCCCACUUGAAAGGUGUCAAGAUCAACAAAGAGCGGUCUGAAGUGACGGUUGCUGGAGGGUGUCUUUGGGGAGAGGUAUAUACCGCUCUUCGCAAUGAGGGUUUAGCCUGUGUUGGGGGAGGAGUACACAACGUUGGCAUUGGCGGUCACUUGCUGGGUGGUGGUUAUGGUCCGUUGACUCAAAGAUACGGCAUGGCUUGUGACAACAUUGUCUCUGCCACCGUUGUUUUGGCCAACGGCAAAAUUGUCCAAGCAAGCGACAAGCAGAACUCAGAUCUCUUCUGGGGCAUCAAAGGUGCCUCGUCAAACUUUGGUAUCGCCGUGGAACUUGUCCUCAAGACCUUCCCAGACCCUGGACAAUGGGUAUUUCGAUCACUCGCAUUCUCUCCCGACGACAUGCAGAUCUUGGUCCCUAGAUUUGUGCAACAUGUCAAUGGCUAUCAGCUCAACGGCGAUGUCAUUAUUGUGUUCCUCAACUUCGUCCGAAGGCCUGGAAACAAGCCACUCGUACUUCUCAAUUUUACACUACAGGGAACUGUCGACCAGUUCUCAGAUGUCUUCAAGUUCUUCCUAGACGGGAUGAAACCGCUUAAUGACUCUUUAACAACUUUCCCCUCUUUAGUAGAACUCAGCCACUGCCUCGAUGACCUGUUGCUUGAUGGGCCGCCCAGAAUAGCGACUGGGGCACUCCCUGUCAUGAAGAUCACACCCACGCUUGUGUACAAACUAUGGGGGCGAUGGUCAGAGUACACGGACAGAAACCCAGAUGCUGCCUCCACAAAGGUUGUGUUUGAGAUGCACAAAGCAAAGCGUGUUCGCCCGGAAACUAGCUGCAUCCGUGCCACAGAGCAAGGCCAUAGCAUGAUUCUCAUCAGCGAAGAACACAAUGACCCAAGUCACGAUGCGACCGCACUCGAGUGGAUCCAUGAGGGCAACCAGCUCGUUCGACAACAGCAGAUCCAAGACUGGGGCAAAGACAUUGGCGUGUGGGCCAAUGGGUCCAUGCCCAACGAAAUUGCCGAGGAUUGCUGGGGGCAGAAUUAUCCUCGUCUUCAGAAGCUCAAGGCAAAGUACGAUCCUGGGUGCCUUUUCGACAAGUACUGGCACAUUGAGCCAAGCUAUGCACAUAUUUAG